GAGGGGGGAGGUGAGAAGGAGAGGGGGAGGAGAAGCAAAUGGAGGAACGGGGAGGGUUGUGCAAAUGGGUGAGAAAGAGAGCGGUAGAGAGUGCACACACACCCCUUUCUGCGAUCUCAGCGGACAGACUCAUCCUCACAGUGUGUUGUGGAGUUGUGAUAGACAAGAGACACAGAGACGUGCAGGAUUACAGCCAGUACUUGGAGGAAACAUUACCUGUAUGAACUGCACUAGAAGACAUUCAAACUCCUGAUAUUUAGAUACUUUACUAAGGAACAAAAACGGACCUAGGAUUUACCUCUGAGAGAAAACUGCCUUAAGGCUGAUCAGGACCAUGAGGUCAAUAAAUAGGAACAUGGCUGUCUUGAAAUGCAUCUGAUCCACUGGUUCUGCCUCAGACGUUAAACAAUGGGAAACAUAGAGAGCCAAAAUGGUGACCACGCCUACUAUGGUGAGGGGCAGGGCCAUCUCUCACGAAAGCACAUGACCCGAUCACUUCGCAUCUCUAACAAGCAGUCUCGGCGAUCACGUCAUGCCUCAUCCAGCAAGGCUGAACACCGCAACUCUGAGACCAGCACAAAAUCAAGCAGCACCCCUUCCAUCCCACAAUCCCUGAGUGAAAAUGGCCUGGAACCUUUCAAUGAGAAGAAUGCGUUGGAGGGCUAUAGAGGCACCAUUUGGGUGGAUAAGAUGGCCAUGAACUUGCGGCCGAUGUCCUUCCACGACAACAUGGGGGAUCCUACCACCACACCAGGCUCUGAAGACGGAGUGGAGUUGGACACAGUGGUGGCAGACAAUUGUGAUUAUGAAGGACUUUUCACAGGUGAGGACACGUAUCUUCAGAGGACCAGAGAUGGUCCUCGGGAAGGCGGCAGCUUUAUGAAGAAGCGCUCCAAAUCUGCUGACAUGUGGAGAGAGGAUUCCAUGGAGUUUUCCUUGUCGGAUCUAAGCCAAGAGCAUCUGACAAGCACAGAGGAGAUUAUAGGGACAAAUGAGGAAGAAGACAAAGGCUUCACCAACUGUGGAGGUCGCCGUCGCACCUCCAGCCCACGGACACUUGAGAGUCACUCAGGAGAGAGAGCCAACUCUUUAGACGAACUUUGCACACAGAGGCUACCUCCUCUUCGGGGCUCCCACCAUCUCUAUAAUGGUCACAAUCCUGAGAGGAAGCAGGGGGGUGUAAUGAACGGUGAGAUCUUGUCUCCUGCGGAGGAGGAAGGGAACGCAUAUGGAGCAUACACUCUUCCUUGUCGUCGUUCUCACUGCCUGUCGGAAGGACGGUCCAAUCACCAGACUACCAUCUGCUCACGUAUGCAGGGACGGCGGGCACAAACAACACAUGAUAUCACGGCCGGUGAGGGCAGCGAGUAUGGAGACAGCGGUAUUGACGGAGGCGCAGCUGAAGUCGAGCAUUCCUCACGCCGUUGCAAGGCAAUGUCUGCGUCCUUCUCUGUCUACUCUACUGCUAGCGGAAGCAUCUUUGCAGGAAGUGACAGCGGCAGUAGCAGCGGAGGUGGAGGAGACCGGGAACGUCAACCGGGUGGAGAUCAAGGCGUUUAUGAGAACUUCCGUCAGGAGCUGGACUUGAACUCCCGGCAGACGUGGGAUUGCCUCGAAGAGGCAGUUUCGGCUGCUAGCGAUGAGAGGAGCAGUGGAACGCUAAGCUCCAUUUACCCCUCAGACAUUCUAAUUAGCACGGUGCAGGGCACUGUGCGGAAGGCCGGCCUGCUGGCUGUGAAGAACUUCCUGGGCCACAAAAAGAAUAAGAGGGUGGAGCCAGCAGCGAAAAGGAAAUGGAAACAGUACUGGGUAUCACUCAAAGGAUGCACUCUGUUUUUUUACGAAACGGAUGGACGUUCAGGGAUUGACCACAACAGCAUCCACAAACAUGCAGUCUGGGUGGAGAACAGCAUUGUUCAGGCUGUCCCAGAACAUCCCAAGAAAGACUUUGUGUUUUGUCUGAGCAAUGCACUGGGAGAUGCCUUCCUCUUCCAGACAUCAGGUCAAACCGAGCUGGAAAACUGGAUAACCGCGAUCCACUCAGCCUGCGCCGCAGCCGUCGCCCGUCAGCACCACCGCGAGGACACCGUACGAUUGCUGCGCUCAGAGAUCAAGAAGCUUGAACAAAAGAUCGACAUGGAUGAGAAAAUGAAGAAGAUGGGCGAAAUGCAGCUCUCUGCCGUCACUGAUGGGAAGAAGAGGAAGACUAUCCUAGAGCAGAUAUUCCUCUGGGAGCAGAAUUUGGAGCAGUUUCAUAUGGACUUGUUCCGGUAUCGCUGUUACCUGUCCAGCCUGCAAGGCGGCGAGCUUCCAAAUCCAAAGCGCCUACUCGCCGUUGCUUCCCGCCCCACCAAACUGUCCAUGGGUCGUCUUGGCAUUUUUUCAGUAUCAUCAUUCCAUGCCCUGGUAUGAAAUACACACAUACAUACAAACCUCCACGCUCUCAAAACA